AUGUCCUGGCUCCGUCGAAUGUGGAGUAGAGAAUUCAAUCAGUCUAGUGAUGAUGAUUACUAUCGAGAAAUUCAGAUCCCUCGCUUUUGUCUCGGUAUCAGUGGUGUCUGGUCAGAACGUGGUAACACUAAUAGAAUCAGAUUUUUCAUAUCUGUGACCAUCGUGAUUCUGUUUGCUGCUCUACCUGAACUCGUGCAUAUGCUCACCACCGUCAAUGAGAAUCAAUUAUUCUUUCAAAUCGGUUUAGUCAUGUUUUACUAUUAUCUGAUCAGCUGUAUGUUUUUACUCCAUUUCAAUUCACAACUUCGUGGAUCUAUUUUGGAGGAGAUGCGGGAUAAUUGGGAGACUAUUCAUUCUGUGGAGGACAAACAAGUUAUGCGUCACUAUGCUGAAUGUUCGAGAAAAAUAUCAUUCAUUUUCAUUGCAUUGAAAGUUUACACCGUGUUUGGUAAGUCUGCAGGGUGCGGGUGGUUCAACCUAAUCGUCAGUGCAUUCAUAAGGGGAGAAAACGUACUCGCUGGAACGAACAAGAUGAAGUUUUUAUUUCACCGGUCUGGUACAUUCGUUGAUGCUCUAGGAAGCACCUCUUUCGUCAUCGGCGACAUGUUAUCGAAUAUCGCAUCGCUUGGAAUCGACACAUGCUUCACAGUCUUGACCGUGCAUACUUGUGGACGACUAGUUAUACUUAAAAACAGGAUAACGACAUAUGAAAGGCAAACUCGUCAUCAUUUUGAAGAGGACAUACCGAGGAUGUGCAGUUGUUUAAAGUGCAUCGUUGAUGCUCACGUGAAAAUCUACGACUCCGUCAGAAGAAUUGAUGACUAUUUUCAUGUUGUGACUUUUCUGAGACUCUCUGCGGGAAUGAUCAACUUCGUCUGUAUUGGAUUCGAGGUUUCAAAGGCAAUUAAAAACAAGGACUACGGAUUCCUGAUGACAUUCACAAAUACGGCGUUUUUAAAUUUCUCAACAUUUUUUCUGAACUGUGAGACGACAGAAAUGUGUCAACAAGCGAGUUAUGCUCUUGGUCAUGCUGCGUACUCCACUGAAUGGCUGACAAAACACCCGAGAAUUUCACGAAAUUUGAUUUUCAUCAUUAACCAAACGAGAGCUCCACUGAAAUUCACUGCAUUAAAAUAUUUUGUCCUUUCUCGGAAUCUCUUCAAAGAGUAUUUCAUAACAGCGAUAUCAUAUAUCUCAACGCUGAUAUCUAUCAAAUUAGCCGAAUGAACUCUCGGUAGUUGAAAAAGUACACU